AUGGUUUUGGAGCCGAUAUACAAGGCCAAGUUCUCAAGAAGAUCGUUUGGAUAUAGGCCGGGAAGGGGUGCUCGCGAGUGCCUGCGAUUCAUCCACGGCAACUUUGCUGAUGUUUCGUGGACUGUAAAAGGAGAUCUCUCCAAGCUCUUCGAUUAUCCACAGGCCGAGCUCUUCAACCGGGUUCUACGCAAUGUGAUCCAGGACGAAGUUGGCGAGCUGAUCAUCAAGGGGAUGAAGACACGUGCUCCUCUGGCCGUGCCUCAGUUUAAGAGAUUGAAGCCGACAAAAAGGAAGUUCCUGGAGUUUGAGCCGAGAAGGACUCCGUUGUGGCUGGAGGUGGUUCUGGGAUUUGCUCCGGCAGAGGCUCAAAGAACUCCCGACUGGGGAUGCUGCAACAAGCUGGGUCCGUUUCUGGCCAACGUUUAUCUAAGCGAGCUCGACGCCUGGAUGGAAAAGCAGGCCGAGCUGUUCCGUCGGCCUCACGAUCCGUCCAUCGGUGUAAACUUUAGCACCGACGAGCAGGAGAAGCCAAACAAUGCUAGGAAAAUGGAGUACGUCCGCUUUGGAGCUCACUUCCUUAUCUCGGUCAGAGGCAUAAGAGACGACGUUUUGAGCUUCGAGGAGAAGUGUAGAGUCUUCUGCAAGCAAAAGUAUCAUCGCGAGCCGGAGUUUGGAGCACCUGAGGCGAUCUCAACGCCGACGCUGUUCCUCAGCCACCAUUUUUUCCAGACCAAGAAGUUGAAAACGAAGUGGGAGCCGUCCUCAAACAAGAGAGGAACGGUUUCGAAAGUGGAGAAGACCGUCUUCUGCGUGGACGGCGCUGUGGAGCACGCCGUCCAGAGCUUGAAGCGAGUAGGCGUUCUCGACGACAAAGACAACACGUUUCCAUGCAUUCGGCUCUUUCACGAGGAUCAGGUUCACAACAAUGCUCACGUCAACAAGAUCUUGCGAGCGCUGGCCGACUUGUACCAGCACUCGACAAACCGAGCGGAGAUGUGCGAGCUCAUCGGGUACUUGUUUCGAUCGUCGCUGGCGAAGAUGUAUGCUGCGAAGUACAAGAUCCGGACGCAGAUCCGGGUGGCCAAGUCCGCGUCCUUGGAUCUUUGCAAGCCACUCAUGGAUCCUCAAAAGGCCGGAGGAGGAGCACAGACGGAGGCGGUGCGCAUACCAGAAAUUAAUUAA